AUGGCAGGUUCUCAGCUCAAACAGUUGAAAGCCGCUCUCAAGGCAAAAGGCCUUGUAGGUCAAACCAACGUGAAGAAGAAGAACAAGAAGGCAGCACCUUCCGAAACGAGAAAAGAUCAAGAAGAGAAGAAGAGAGCUCUUGGCAAGAUCCACGAUGAUUUCAACCUUUUCGAUAACCGUAUAAACCGUGCUAAGCAUGACUAUACGAUCAUCCAAGGAGGCCAGUUCGUUAAGGCUGGUUCCAAGCAGCAUAACGAGACCGCUAAGACCCGUUCUGGGGUUGAAAAAGCCAUGCAGUUGGACUACGAAGCCGAUAAGAAGCUUCGAAACCGUGCUGGUGGACUUGUGGACCGCAGAUUCGGUGAGAAGAACAGAAACUUGACCGAGGAAGAGAAGAUGUUGGAGAGAUUCACCAGAGAAAGACAGAGCUCGUCGAAGAAGAACGUGUUUUCCUUGGGAAGCGACGACGAGUACGGUGACGACGAUGAUUUUGCACUUACACACUCUGGUAAGACCAUCUCGUUCGAGCAGGACUUUGACGAAAGCGAUUUGGGCGUUCCAGAGAAGAGGUAUGUGGAUGAAGACAGUGUGCAGCCACCGAAGAAGAAGUCUAAGAAGGAUGUGAUGGCAGAGAUUAUUGCCAAGUCUAAGUUCUACAAAAAGCAAAGACAAAUGGAGUUCCAGAAGACCCAAGACGAUAUCAUGGACUUGGACGAUGAAUUUGGUGAUGUUCUUGGAGAAAUGCGCCAGCUGCAACCCAAGCCUAAUGCUUUUAAGCAAAAGUCACAGGAGGAUAUUGAGUAUGACAAUAAGGUUAGGGAAUUGGUUUACGAUAGAAGAGCCGUUCCAGCCGAUAGAACCAAGACUGCCGAAGAGCUUGCAGAGGAGCAUAGCGAGAAGAUGAAGAAACUUGAAGCUGACAGAUUGAAGAGAAUGGACGGUUUGCAUGAUGAUAGAGCUGCCGAUGGUGAUGACUUGGAUGACGAGUUCUGGGCUGGUAGCGAUGAAGAACAAGAAGGCGAAGCCAGUGGAAGCGAAAGUGAAGGUGAAUCUGAUGAAGAGUCUGAAACUGAAAGCCGUCGUCCUAGAAAAGCACCAGCCGUCACUAUGCCUCUUAACCACAAACAGUUCAUUGAACAGGUGGAUGGCAAGAGCGGUGAUCAAGUCGUUGCAUUCAUUAAGAAAGUCACCGAGUUGUACCAUCCACGUCUUGCUGAAGGUAACAAAGACAAGAUGGAUAACUUUGUGGGUAUGAUUUUCGAGCACAUUUUGCAUAUUUCUAAUGAGGAGAAGGUGGACUCCAAGCUUGUGGACGAUUUGACCAAGCUCCUUCGUUCCAUGGCUGAAAAGUAUAACCAGGCAUUGGUGGAAACCGUCAGAAACACCAUCGACGAGAUCAAGGAAAGAGUCGUCAAGAACCAGCUUCGCAAAAGCGAUCUUGUCUGUUUCGUUGUACUCGGCUACGUCUUCUCUGCAUCCGAUCACUACCAUCUUGUGAUCACCCCAGCAUUAAUUGUCAUGAACCAGUUCCUUAAUAACGAGAUUGGUGUGAUUAACGUUGACAAUAUCGGUAAAGGUUUGUUCUUCUGUGAUGUUCUUCUACAAUAUCAAUCGUUUGCUAAGAGAUACGAUCCUGAAGUGACGAAAUACUUGGAAAGAGCGCUUCUUGUGCUUCUUCCUGAGCCAAAGAGGAUUAUCGAGACCCUUUCGGCCAGACCUGUUGAUGGAAAGAGCAAUCUUUCGAAGAAGUUCCGUCCGAAGUCAACUUCCGGUCCAAUUAAGGUCCUGGAAAUCUUCAAAGCUCCUAACGAUGAAAUGAAGUUCCGCUACAUCAGCCGUGCUUUCGCUACCAUCGACAAAAUUGUCGGUCUUUGGAGAGAAAAGUCUGCAUUUUUGGAGGUCUUGAGGCCCUUGACCGUCAUCACCAAGCAUGCAUCAAGAUACUUCAGCAACGAGAUCCCACAAUUACAAAGCUUAUUGGAAAGAACGAGCAAGCUCGAGUCCAACCUCAGCAAGAGCAGAAAGCCAUUGACCUUGCAAGAACACAGACAGAUGGCUAUCAAGACAUUUGCACCUAAGUUCGAGGAGAACUUCAACCCAGACAAGAAGCUGUACGAUGAAAACAGAGACAGACAGGAGUUGAACAAGAUGAAGGCCCAAAUCAAGAAGGAAAAGAAGGGUGCACUCAAGGAUCUCAGGAAACAGACCAAGUUCAACGCCAGGCAGCAGAUUAACGAGAAGAAGGACAUGUACGCUACCUACCACAAGAAGAUGGCCAACAUUGUCAAUACGAUUUCUACAGAAGAAGGUGCCGAGAGGAAUCUGUACGAAAGAGAGCGCAAGAAGCGUGCCAACCAGAAAUAA